ACUAUCCAACACCCAUCACUGUAGAAAUUUGAAUUCCCAUCUACACAUCAAUGGAUUUCCACACCCUUACAAGGAGAGAAUUGCAAACUCUCUGCAAGAAGAACAAGAUCCCUGCCAAUAUCACAAAUGUCGCCAUGGCCGACGCUCUCAAAACUCUUCACAUCGUUGAAGGGAUCGAGGAAUUUUUGCAGUCAUGUCAAUCUGAAACUGCAGAAUCAUCAAUUGAAUCGCCGGAGAGGUCGGAGGUAACAUCUCCAUUUGUACCUCCAACUGGUGGCACAAGUACACGUCGCAGAAAUGUUGUGAAAGAAGAGCCUGAAACUGCAAAGCCAAUGACUAGGACGCGGCGUACAACUCAAAAGACCCUAGUUAGAGAUGCCUAUCAAUCACAUGCUGAUGCAGUUGAAACUCCAGCAGUGGUGGUACAGACUGAUAGAAAGAAGGGACUGAUGGCUUCAGCUUGUCGGAAAAUGGAUCCCGAUUUCAAAGAAUGUAUACGCGAGGAAAAGAAGGAUGCUUUAAUGACCCCUUCCCACUUAGGGGUCACUACCAGAAGAAGAGGAGUGAAGGAGAAGAGUGCUGUUAAUGUAGUGUACACCACGAGGAGGUCAGCGAGACUGGCAAAGAAGAAUAUGGAGUUGCUGAAUGAGGAAGAUAAUGAAAAUUCUGGGCUUUUUAAGAAGGAUUUGUUUAACAAAGAUGGUCAAAAUCUGGCAAUAAAUUUGAAGGAGAGCUCAGUUGAUUUGGAUGCAAUCUCGGAAAUUACUGGAUUGGAUGCAAACACAAGUAUGGAGAAGAAAUCUGAGGGAAACAAUGAAGUAGAAGUUGUUUCAGAAAUAAAACAGGAUGUACCUAUUGUUGAUGAAGGAGAACCAGUAAGUAGCACUGAGGAGGACAAGGACAAACAUUUUGAAACUGAUGUUUCUAAACCAGAGGUCAAAGAGGGCAGUGAUGUGGAAAGUGAGGGAGUAGCAUCUUGUUUCGAGACUGAAGCAGAACCAGAAGAGAAGAAAUGUGAUAAUACAGAUGAUUUUGAGGAUCAGAACAUGUUUAAACAUUUUGAAACUGAUGUUUCUAAACCAGAGGUCAAAGAGGGCAGUGAUGUGGAAAGUGAGGGAGUAGGAUCUUGUUUCGAGACUGAAGCAGAACAAGAAGAGAAGAAAUGUGAUAAUACAGUUGAUUCUGAGGAUCAGAACAUGUUUAUGCCACUGAAUGCAAGCAACAGAAUUCAAGAAAGUGAAGUGUCUUCUGAUGUCCACGCUUCUGAGAUUGGAAUUGCAGUUGAGAACACAGCAGAACUAAAUGCUGAUAAAGUAGAAGUUGAUGAAGAUAAGGCUGUGGGUGGUGAAGCUGAUGAAGAUAGUGCUGCCAACUAUAUAGAGAAUGUUGUCCUUGAAAGCGAAGAUCAUUUUGCAGUUGAUGAAGUCUCUUGUGACGCUGAUAUUUGUAAUGAGAUUGAAGUGAAUGAGGGAGUCCUGAAAACCAAUGCUGAAGCCGCCUCUGUAUUCAAUUCUGAUGAGACCUCAGAUUUGGACGUGUUGGAGACUAAGGAAGGAUCAACAAAGAUGGCUGGCAUGCAAGAAGUGUUACCUGGAACAAAGUUAGCUGAUGUUGCAAUAGAGGAACCUGGCGAAAUUGAAGUUGUUCAAAGUGAAGAAAGCACAAAGGUGUUACCUGUAACAAAGCUGGAUGAUGUUGCAGUGGAGGAGCCUGGCGAAAUUGAUGCUGUUCAAAGUGAAGAAAGCACAAAGGUGUUACCUGUAACAAAGUUGGAUGAUGUUGCAGUGGAGGAGCCUGGCGUAAUUGAUGUCGUUCAAAGUGAAGAAAGCACAAAGGUGUUACCUGUAACAAAGUUGGAUGAUGUUGCAGUGGAGGAGCCUGGUGAAAUUGAUGCCGUUCAAAGUGAAGAAAGCACAAAGGUGUUACCUGUAACAAAGUUGGAUGAUGUUGCAGUGGAGGAGCCUGGCGUAAUUGAUGUCGUUGGAAGUAAAGAAAGCACAAAGGUGUUACCUGUAACAAAGUUGGAUGAUGUUGCAGUGGAGGAGCCUGGCGUAAUUGAUGUCGUUGGAAGUAAAGAAAGCACAAAGGUGUUACCUGUAACAAAGUUGGAUGAUGUUGCAGUGGAGGAGCCUGGCGUAAUUGAUGUCGUUGGAAGUAAAGAAAGCACAAAGGUGUUACCUGUAACAAAGUUGGAUGAUGUUGCAGUAGAGGAGCCUGGCGAAAUUGAUGCCAUUCAAAGUGAAGAAAGCACAAAAGUUACCCAUCAGAAUGCACCCAGCUUUCCAGGAUUAGAUUCAUGUCUUGGUGUUGAACCAUCACCAGCAAAAAGUAAGGCAUCUGCAACCAAGAAAAGAAUGACUGCUGUUUCAGACAACAAAGAGAAUAUGGGGAGUGGAAGUAAACUUGUUCUCACAGUAAAGACAGCUAAAAACACUGGUGAGAAUGUCCCAAAGUUGGAUGAGUUGAGCAAGCGGAAGCUGACGAAGAUGCUAAAAGAAAAACUAGAGAUGACAAACAAAAUGAGCAAAGAGAAUAAUGAGGCUCCUGCAAGACCAGCUCUCAAAGCUAUUACGGAAAACCGAUGGGAGGAUGAAUCCUAAU